CAACGUUUAAAGUAAAAAAAAAGUUUAUUACAUCACGCAAAAAUCUAUAAAAUUAACGCCAACAAUUCUAACCUUCAAAGUCCAUAAUUCAUAAACCAGUAUCGCUUCGGUUUUGUUCAACCUUCACAUUUUUAAAUAUCUAUAUCAGCAAUCAAUUAACAGGUCCAUUACGCUGUCACUGAUUUGAUGAUAAGCAUACCUACUUUAAAUAGAUGCUGUGAAAAGUGAUAAACAACCACAUGCAUCAUCUAGACUCUAGAGCAACACUAAAACUUACGAAUGCUGAUAGGUAAUAAUUAAUUUAAGAGUUUGUCUGCUCGACAGAUAAGAAAUACAAGAAAAUAAUUUGAGAACAGAACUCCAUUAUGACAAAUGAUACAAACAUUGAAGAGACUGGAGAAAUACCAGAAACACCUAAUUUUACUGAGUCGCCUACGACUAUAACGUCUGCAUCUACUGUAAAUGCAGAACUGUCAGGCAAAGAAAUAGAACUCCAUCCUAAACAAUGCAAAUUAAAAGCUAGCAAUACUUACACCGAUACUAGUGAUAAUUCAUCUACCACCAAUGUUAAUGGUGAUGACAAACAGGCAAAUACUUCUGCGACUAUAAUGUCUGAAUCUACUACAACUGCUGAACUGUCAGGCAUAGAACUACAUCUGAAACGAAGCAUAUUUAAAGUUAGCAAUGUUGAAUCUAUGACUAGUGAUAAUUCAUCCGCCACCAAUGUUACUGCUGUAGAAAUUAAUCAGUCCAGCACAACCAGUGAACCUGCUACAUUUACCAAUUACUAUCAAAUGUUUUUAAACAUUAGAAAACAAAUUCAUAAGAAACAUAUGAGUAUGUUUCCUGUGCAACCAAAACCACCAUCUGGCUUUGAAGACUAUCUUAUGAACAGGCGCACGUAUGUUUUGGAUGGUAACUAUAAAAGCUGUGUGGUAAAUACACAAACUCCUACACCAGCUAAUUUACACAAGCAUUUAAAAAAUCUGUUUGUUGAACAAGAAAAAGAGAGACAAAAGCUUCGUGUACAGCACUUAGUAGAAAAAGAAAAAUUGGUGUUGAGUGUUGAACAAGAGAUACUCAGAGUUCAUGGACGCGCAGCUCGUGCCUUAGCUAAUCAGCCUUUACCAUUUUCUGUAUGUACUAUACUCAAGGACAAUGAAGUAUAUAACAUUAUGACACCUGAGCAAGAAGAAGAUAAGGAUGAACAUAUAAAUUCCGGUUACAAUGGUCGUAUUUUUUUGUCAUGGCUACAAGAUAUUGAUGAUAAAUGGGAAAAGAUUAAGAUUGAGUUGUUACUGAGACAACACAAUGAGGCAAAUAGUUUACAUGCUGUACAGAAAAUGAAUUGGGGGUGGAAGUUGAAGGAGAUUCAGUUGUGUACCUAUAGCAGCUUGGAACCCAAUAUCGAUGAAGAGCAUGUACCAAUAGUUGAAGUUAACAAAGAUUUUGAUCACUUUCCCGCCUAAUCUAGUUUUGUUAUUUAUUAACAUAUCAGUUAAGUGUUGACUGUCGAGUGAUGUUUGAUUAUUAGAAGAAGAAUUAGUUCAUAUUAUUGUUAUGGAAAAGAUAAAUAUUUUACUUGACAACUUCCGAUGUUUAUCACUUG